AUGGAACUCUAUCAAUCCAUAAUAGAAAGCCGCCAGCAGACGGUGGAGCAGAGGAAAGCGAUCCUUGAUACGAUACAAGGAUUAGCCCUCAAAAAUUUCCAAUUAGGUCUAAAAGAAGAAAUCCAGACUAUAGUGCGAUUUCGAAAUUAUGAUAAUCUAUCCGCCGCCAUUUUAGGCGCAUUUGCGGAGGAGAAAUUAAAAGGCUCUUUGACAAGGCAACCGCUAAGCACCGACAGAAACAGAAACGGGCAAAAGUACUCGCGAGGCAAAAAUCCAAGCAUACAAUGCCAUAAAUGUGGGAAAACCGGUCACAUAGAACGAGAGAACAAGUCGAAAGCGGGACAUAAGAGAGAAAAAUGUUGGUCCCUACAUGGGAGACCCGAGAGAGAAAGACCUAGGCGAUCAAAAAGAGAAGUUGAAAAGGAAAGACAAGUAAACACAACCGCCCAGGCAAGGAAAAGGAAAGACAAUAGAAAGAGUGACGAAGAGUCAUUCAGCAGCAGCAGCAAGAGCAACGAAGAAGAGAAGCCUAAGAAGAGGAAGACGCAAGCGGCACAUACGGACGCAACUAUUACCUUACUAAAAGUAGGAAAUUUGAAGAGUGAAACACCAAUUCACGAGGAAUGUAUGACUCUUACCGGCGUGACAGGACACAAAAUUCACACGCUGAGGAAACUAAGAUCAACUAUAAAACUAGGAGACAAGGAAAUAAGGCACACGGUAUACGUGGUCAAAGACGAUUUCUCGAUCGACUACGAGGGAAUCCACGGAAUAGAUUUCUUAAAGAAACACAGUACAAAGUGCGAUCAUGGACGAAAACAAAUGCGUAUAAGCAAUGCGACCCUUAAACUUAGGCCGUUCCAAAAAUUUAAAUUAGCGCCUCGAAGCGAAACAGUCAUACAAGUGAGUACAGACCAAAACAGAAUAGACCAUUUAAAUUCGGAAGAAAAGGAGCAAUUACAAGAAAUUUGCAAGGAAUUUUGCGAUAUUUUUCGUCCCCCUAGAAGGGGAUGUUUUAUCGUAUGUACGAAUGCGGUAGAACACGAAAUAAGUACGCGCACUGACAGUGCAUCCGUCAAUGUUCGACCAUAUAGACUGCCUGAAAAGCACAAGAUAAAAGUAAAUAGGCAGAUACAAGAGAUGCUCGAGCAGGAAAUAAUUAGACCGAGCACAAGUCAAUGGAAUGCACCCUUGCUGGUGGUUCCGAAAAAACCUGACGCAUCCGGUAAACUGAAGUAUAGAGUCGUGAUAGACUUUCGCAAAUUAAAUAAUCUUACUAUAGAAGAUUCAUUCCCUCUGCCAAACAUUAUUGACAUAUUGGCUCAGCUGGGAAAUGCGAAAUACUUUACAACCUUAGAUCUCGCAUUCGGAUACCACCAAAUCACAGUGGCAGAAAAGGAUAAAAACAAAACUGCGUUUUCCACGUCCUAUGGCCAUUAUGAGUACAACAGAAUGCCAUUCGGACUCAAGAAUGUACCAGCGACGUUUCAAUGGUUAAUGAACAUAAUACUGACAGGAGUGCAAGGGCCACUCACUAAGCUCACGGAAAAAGGAGAAAAAUUUAGAUGGAUGACAGAACAACAGAACGCAUUCGAAAUAUUAAAAGAAAAACUAAUUACGGCACCGGUAUUAAGCUACCCGGACUUCGAGAAAGAAUGCGUAGUAACAACGGACGCGUUGGAUUACGCGAUAGGAGCAGUGCUCUCGCAAGGAUCUGUCGGCAGCGAUCAACCAAUAGCUUAUGCUAGCCGAAUUUUAAAUAAAACAGAAAGGAACUACAAUACGACAGAAAAGGAGUUGCUAGCAAUAGUCUGGGCAGUAAAUUUCGACCGCAAAGGCAAUGUCAAUGCCGAUGCCCUGAGCCAAUAUCUAGUUACGGAUAGCGCGAAUGUCAAUGCAAUUACGCCAGCAGAAGAAAGAGAAGAAGCGACAAGAGAGUAUACAGAAAAGGAAAAACGACAAAUACUAUUUGAAUAUCAUGACGCGCCGAUUGGGGGACAUCAGGGAGUCGCGCGUACCCUCAAUAGAAUUAGAUUAAUGCAUAAUUGGCGAGGAAUAACUAGAGAUAUAGAAGAAGAUAAAUAA